GACACAUCCGCUUUAUAAAUACACCAACGACUUAGGAAGUGUGUUCCAUUCAUUCAGAAAACUUCGUCGCGAAAUUGUUGGUUGCAUUGUUUCUCGCGUCGACCUUUGAGUGUUUUCGAAAUUAAAAAUGAAAGUAAAAGUUUGCAUAGCUAUUUUGGCUUUGUUGGCAUUAACGGUGCGUGAAAGUGAUGGUUUCGUAAAAGGCAAACCAAUAGAAAGUGACAAGGGUUCAUUGGAAGUGUCGCCACAAGAAUCAAAAAGUAAUAAGACAAAUGUAAGCGAAACUGACGGUUCUGUCAAAUCUCAGAACAACAAGCAUAAACGUGGGAUACAUCAUUUCGGAUCUUAUGGAGCAGGACCUGCAUUAGGAUGGCCUGGCCAGUAUGCUUCGGUUUAUGGAUAUAACCUUAAUUUUCCACCCCAAGGAUUACAUAUUGCGCGAGGACUCCAACCAGCUGUCCACAGUCAUCCAGCUGUGCAUGGAUACCCGGUAGCUCAUGGUAUACCAACUGGAUAUGGCCUUCCUGCUUAUCACGGAAUACACGGCUAUCAUGCAGUCCAACCAUUUAAUGGAAUACAAACCCUACACGGAGUACAAUCGCAUGGCAUUCAACCAUUGCAUGGAGCACCUUCAGUUCACACAUUGCAGUCCCAUGGCAUUCAACCUUUUCAUGGAGUACCUUCAGUUCACACAGUGCAAUCAAGUCCUGGAGUCCAUGCAUUGCAACCAGUCCCUUCUGUAGCACAUGGUGUGCCAACAGUUCAUGGAGUACAAGCUGGAAUACCAUCAGUACAAUACCCAUGGCAAUUCAAGUCUCAUACCCCAUCGUACGGAACACCCUUUGUUCUCAAACCGGGGGGAGCUGUAGUAUCAUCGUUCAAUGUAAACUAUCCACAACAACACCACCAUCAUCAACACAUUCCUACUGGAGUUGCAUUUCCCUCCGUAACAGGCGUUACUGCACCAAUACCCAUCACUCCUGUUGCAGCAGCUGUUCCAGUUGCUCCAGCUCGACCAGCACCACCAAUUGUGCCAGCAAUUCCCGUGGCACCCGUUCCAACACAAGCACCUGUCAUUCCAUCGUUCCCUUCGCAGCCAAAUUUCCCCGUGUUUAUAGUUCCGUCGAGGCCAACUUUGACAACUCCAAUUGGUCCAGCUGUGCCUCCAUCCCAAUUUUUCCCCAAUAUUGGUGUUCUUCCAUUGCAACCGUUGCAACCAGGACGACCACAAAGACCAUCAGGAGGAAGUGCUGAAGCUUCACCUCAAAUACCAACAGGAUCUCAACCUGCUUUUCCUCAGCUUCCUCCAUCCCCUACGCAGCAACCUUGGCGGCCUGUUAUAAGCCCACAGCAACCCCAACACCCACAACAUCCACAACAUCCACACCAACCACAACAACCUCAACAGCCCCAACAACCACGACAGCCUCAACAGCCUCAACAACCGCAACAGCCUCCAACAACAAUUUCAAGUUUUCCCGACUUCAAUAGACCCUCUAUUACACUCCUGCCGCCAUUUGUUAGCAGACCUCCAGGCGGAGACGGUAUCUUAUCAGAACAAAUCCCCAACAACAACCCACAGUCACAAGGCUACCAUUACGGUGUUGGAGAAAGCGUACAACCAAACUUAUUAGACGGUCUUACAGACGAAGAAAUUCAAGGAGCUAUUGCACAGGCUAACUUUCAAGCACAACUGCACCAAAACAACAACAACCUAGGCUAUCAGUAUUAGGUUGCUGCCUAUAGAGUGCCCUAUCUAGUGCCAAACGAGAUGUACAUAAUACCUAAUGAUUUAUGUAUGUAGCUUUUAAGAACAAUAACUUUAUUGUAGUAUUUAUUUAAUUGUAUAUUAAUUUUUAAGACAAUAAUGAAAGAAUAGACAAAUUAUGCCUCUA